CGUUUCACUCCACGCCACGACGCUCGUCCGACGUUCAGUGCGCUCUCCGUCGUCUUCCGUAGAAGACAUGAAGAUCGCUUGGCUCGUGCUGGCUUCUUGCGUACUCGUAUUGGCACAUGCUGCUGUGCCAUAUUUCGAUGAUGACCAAGCCUAUCCUGCAUCAGAAGAUGAUUAUUCUGAAAAUUCCAUCGACAGAACUCUUCAACAGCCAGCAGAAAAACGUAAGAGCUCUUCAAUAAUUUACCUUUUCAGACGAGCUUGUAUCCGAAGAGGCGGAAACUGCGAUCACCGAGCAAACGAUUGUUGUUACAACAGCUCGUGCCGAUGCAAUUUAUGGGGUUCCAACUGUCGGUGCCAACGAAUGGGGAUCUUCCAAAAAUGGGGCUAAUUUUUCUAAGUAAUCGCAUCAACACGAAUGGCCCAAUAACAACCAAUUUACGUCUGAAUCACUUUUUCUGUUUAGUUGAUUUUAACAUUAAUUUUUUGUAAAUUUCUUGAAAUUUGUUAAAUCACAUGUUUUCACGCUAUUGGGUCAUUCCAAAUUGGAUUUUUCGAUUCGGACUAGAACUUCGAUCACUCGCCCAGUUGAAAUGUUAUUUUUAUCGCGUUUAUUUCAAAAGACUGACUUUUAGACUCCUUUUAGAAAUUCUGAGCGACUGAAUUGAACUUGUGGUCCAGACCUCCUGCUUCGCACUUUGGCUCUGACGAUUUAUCAGUAUUUAGCUUUGUUCUGUUCGUUCUCAUUGUGUCAAAUAUUGAAACGCCUUUUGAUGAUGUGAAACCACGAAAAUCCGACGAAAUAUCACUUAUUUAUAAACGGCAGAAAUUUGACGUUGAAUUCAACUUUUCCUGGUUUCCUAGGGAGUUGGCCGCCCUUUUACUAAGAGUUUAUCCAGCCACAUUCUUAGUAGAUCAGGGCGUGUCCAGCAUUAACAUUUAUUUAAAUACUGGAAUUUAUUAGAGAAACACCUGCUUAUUUACCACUGACAUUUCCUUAGUAGUUUAGACACAUAUUCCAGUAUUGAACAAGUAACUGAAAUUAUAUAAAUCCUUAACAAUACAUAAAUAUAAUAGUAUUUAGGACUAAUUUAUUGUGGCCAUGGGCGCCGCCUUGUCAGUAGCGACAUGAAUUUAUCCCUAAACCUAAGCAGUUAUACUUUAACGUACAUAUUGAGACAUAGGAAUAUUUAUAUAUGUGAGAAGGGUGCAACGUUCAGGAUUCUGUCAAUAUAUAUAAAAAUAUAUAUAUAUAGAUAUCAAUUGGCCUAAGA